GUGGCUCAGCGCUCGUUAUGUCGCGUAUGAAUAUUUCUCAUUUCUAAAGCUCCCAGUGGGCCAGUGAAACAUUCCGUCAAGAUCGCCUCGAUCAUAAGCUUAAGCCUGCAAUGGUAUCCUCAUUGCGCCCCAUAUUGAUGGAUUCCCAGCUCAUUCGUAAACCAUUCAAAGAUAAGAAUGUGCUUAAUGUGCAUUCCUCAAAAUUCCCUCAGACACAAAAACCCAUUUUCUACCUCUCGAACAUGCAAACGCAGUAUUCGGCUGACGAUAUCGCAGCGGCGAGCAGUCUACAAAUCUCCUCGUACAUAUUCACGUCGAUGGCUACAUUCUGGACUUAUGAUUAUGUUUGUUCACUUGGUGACGAGUGGACGUUCCUGUAUCGAUCGCGCUGGACCAAGGUAAAGGUCCUUUAUAUUCUUACACGAUUCGUCCCUUUUUUCCUCUUAAUUGGACACCUAUACCUGAACUUCUCUUCAGACGAGGAACAUAAUAAUUGCCAGAUGUUAAAUUACAUCUGCGUAUGUUUCGCCGUAAUAUCGGCCGUUUGUUCAGAAAGCAUUUUCGUUCUCAGAACAUAUGCACUCUGGAACAACAAUAAAAUUGUCCUUGCAGCCAUGCUGUCUACCUUUCUUGUUUUGGCCGUAGGAAUAGUCAGCGUUUGCUUUGCCGCUAAUGCCACUUCACCCGCAAAGGUCAGUGCGAUCCCAGGCAUCACCGGCUGCUACCAGACCUCAGGCAGUGUCGAGCUCUACGUACCGUUCCUUCUCUUGUUUGUGCUUGAACUAGGCCUAUUAUCCCUUACGCUCGUACGGGCCGUGCAGAGCUGGAGGACGGCCAACGGCCCACUGUAUACCAUCUUAGUGAAGCAUAACAUAUUCUACUAUGCGUGCGGUCUCUUUUUCUCGGCAGUGAACGUCUUCACGUCGCUGCUUCUCCCUUACGCAUAUAACCAUGCUUUCCAAGACUUCCAGCUCAUCAUCCUCGCGAUCCUAGCCACGCGCAUGCACCUCUACCUCUGGAAUUUUGACUGGCACCUACAUACUACUGGUGCCCUCGUGUUGAUUUCUGUCUGAUAUCUCUCCGGCGGACCGUACAGCGUGACACCUUAUCGCCUGGCUUGUUCGGUGUCGUUUGUGGAGGGAACUUCAGGCUAGAUAUUCAACCGAUGAUUCCAUGGAAAGCUUUAUUUACAUAUGUAUUCCGGGUCCUGCACUACAACACAACUCCCCUUCCCAUG